AUGAUGCGAUUCGGCAAAUGGAUGAUAUGAUUCAGCAAAAAGAUGAUGUGAUUCGGCAAAAGGACGAUAAAAUUCGGCAAAAAAACGAAGAAAUUAAGAAAAAAGAAGAAAUGAUUUGCACUAUUUAUGAAAUGUGUAAGAAAUAUAAUAAAGAUGCUUUCUAG